AUGCGCCCCGAGGCGGCGGCGGGAGCGCGGGGGGCGCGGGGGCACGGGUGUCCCUGCCCUGCGGACCGGCCCCGGGGGCCCCCUUCUCCCCCGCCGCGCGGCCCUGGCAGCCCCUCGCCGUGGAGACCGUGGACCCUGGCCCCCCGAGGUGCGGAGCCCACGGGAGCGGGCAGCCAGCUGGAGCCAGGGGGUGACCAGCAGACUUCCGGGUCAAAGGGCGCCUUCGGGUUUCGGCAUCCUGUAAGACUUUACCUCCCCGUCUCCAAGCGCCAGCAGUACCUGCAGGGCUCCGGGGAGAAGGUCCUGGCCAGCUUCCCGGUGCAGGCCACCCUCCACUUCUACAACGAUGGGUCCGACUCCGAGGACGGCGAGCCCGAGGAGGCCCGGGGGCCGGGGGCAGGAGGCCCAGGAGACACGGGACGAGGCCCAGGAGGAAGAGGCAGAGACCAGCCGACACAUCCCGCACCGCGAUCUGGGGGACAUGGGGAGCUCGGUGGUAAGGGGGGGCUCCCUCACGGUGACUCUCCGGGGGGUGCUGAGUGCUCCUCAUCCAAAUAACGGGGUCUCCCUCCCCCAGACUGCCUGGCGCGCACUCCCAGGGACAGCUGUGCCUGGAUGCGCGUGCCCCGGGCUCUGACCGUCUCUGGCCAGCAGUCCGCCCAGGCCCAGGGCCAGAGCUCUCAGCUCCCCGUCUGGGGCGGCUCUGCAGGGCGCUCAGA